AUGUUGGUGGAGCUGAAGAAUGGCGAGACCUUCAACGGACAUUUGGUCAACUGCGAUAACUGGAUGAACUUGACCCUCAGAGAGGUCAUUCAGACCUCCUCGGAUGGCGAUCGUUUCUGGCGCUUGACCGAAUGCUACAUCAGAGGAAAUACCAUUAAAUAUCUCCGUGUCCCUGAUGAGAUUAUCGACAUGGUCAAGGAGGAUGCUGCCAAGCAAAGGGUCGCUGGAGGACGCAACAGCAAUCGCGGAGGAGCAGGACACAGCGGCGGUGAUCAGCGCGGAGGACACCACUCUCACCAGGGUGGCGAUCGUGGCGGUCGUGGCGGUGGCCGCGGUGGUCGUGGAGAUUAUAACAAGACAGGACGCGGUGGCUAUAACAACAGUGGUGGUGAUCGUGGUGGCCGCGGAGGAGGAAUGCGUGGUGGCCGUGGUGGUCGCGGUGCCAGUCAGGCAUAG